CUCCUCCCUCUGGCGGCCCAUACGGCGCUGGCUCGGCCUCUUACGGCCAGCCUGCUUAUCCGCCUCAGCCUGGCCCAUAUCCUCCUUAUGGUGCCGCCCCUCAAGCUCAAUACCCGCCUCAAGGCCAACAGUACCCGCCUCCGGGCCAGCAGUACCCGCCCCAGGGCCAACAGUACCCGCCUCCGGGCCAACAGUACCCGCCCCAGGGCCAGCAGUACCCGCCGCAGGGCCAACAGUACCCGCCUCCGGGCCAGCAGUACCCGCCUCAAGGCCAACAGUACCCGCCUCCGGGCCAGCAGUACCCGCCCCAGGGCCAACAGUACCCGCCUCCGGGCCAGCAGUACCCGCCCCAGGGCCAGCAGUACCCGCCCCAGGGCCACACGUCACCCCCAGUGCCUCAAGGCUACCCGGGUGCUCAUCCUCCUCAUCCGCAACACCCGCCCGCGGGCCAAGCGCCUCCGCCAUCGUCUUACGGAUCAGUGAGCUCGCCACCACCCCCGGCUGCAUACGGCGCUGCCCCAGCCGCGUACGGCACUCCACAGGGUGGCCCACCUUCGGCCCAUGGCGCAGUCCCAGUGCACCAGCAAAUGGCUGGCCUCUCUCUCGAGCCGACCUACCAUGCCACCGUGGUCCCUGCACACCCCUUUGAUCCGGAAGCGGAUGCCAAGGCACUGCGCGGCGCUAUGAAGGGCUUUGGUACGGAUGAAAAGACGCUGAUUCGCGUGCUUGCCAACCGCACGGCCAUGCAGCGCAUGGAUAUUGCCCGCCAUUUCAAGACCAUGUAUGGCAAGGACCUGAUCAAAGAUCUCAAGAGCGAGACCGGCGGUAACUUUGAGGACGUGUUGCUCGCCAUGAUGAUGGAACCGGCCCAACAGGACGCACAAGUAUUGCGUGAAGCCAUGAAGGGCGUUGGCACUGAUGAACAAGUGCUCAUCGAGACCAUCUGCACCAAGUCCAACGCCGAGAUCCGCGCCAUCAAGGAAGCUUAUGCGACCUUAUUCAAGCGCGAUCUUGAAAAGGAUGUCAAGAGCGAGACGGGUGGCCACUUCAAGCGCGCUCUCAUCUCUGCCUUGCAGGGCAACCGUGAAGAAGGCAAGCCCGUUGACAUGGCCAAGGCCCGCCAGGAGGCCGAGGAACUGCAUAAGGCUGGCGAGAAGAAAUGGGGCACGGACGAGUCAAAGUUUCUGCAAGUCAUUGGCCUGCGCUCCUUCCCCCAGCUGCGUGCUACGUUUGAAGAGUAUCGCAAGAUCUCCAAGUAUGACAUUGUGCGCUCGAUUGAGCGUGAGAUGGGUGGCGAUCUUAAAAACUCGAUGAAGGCCAUGGCCAUGUGUGCCAUCGAUCGCCCGGGCUACUUUGCGGAGCGCAUCUACAAAACCAUGAAGGGUGCCGGCACGGCCGAUCGCGCUCUGAUUCGCCUCAUUGUGUCUCGCUCCGAGAUUGACAUGGUUGAAAUCAAGGAGCGUUUCUUCAGCAUGUACAACAAGUCUCUGGGUAGCAUGAUCCACGGUGAUACGGGCGGCGACUACCGCCGUACACUACUCACGCUCGUCAAAGAGGAGGGCGGUCUGUAAAAAAUAAACUCCGUCCGCCUGCGCCGGUGUUGGCUUUGUUGCUUGCUGUAUUGCGCUCCCGUCCGGCUGCUUCCUUUGCCAUUUGGUUUUUGUACCCCCUCCUCAAAUGUGAAAAAAAUACAUACGUGUAAACCGCAGCUUCCCCUCUGUCCAAAAUUGACAUCAAUUGUGCA